GCCUCCGCUUCGGGAGACAGCCGCCGGGCUUGGCUGGCUGGAGUAAAGGCUUCUUUUCUUCCGAGUAGACAUUAGAGUAGAGUCCGAAUCCCCUGCACCGUGUCCGGCGUCACAGUGAUCCCGGCCCGCGAUGAGUGAUCCACCAUGAGUCUCCCUACCGAGCCCCGCCACGCCAAGCCGCGCAUCACUCACCAUUUUUCUUCAACUGAGCCUCUCCACCGCUCAAUCCGCCAUCCCAAACAGUCGCGGGCACGCAACGCACCAUGAACUCCUUCACACGCGCCCUGCGCCAAUCUCUCUCCCGGCCGACCACAAGCCUCCAGAAGAGCUUCGUCCGCCAUGAAUCCUCGUCGCGACGACACACCAAAAAGCUCCGGCUGCACCCCCACCCCUCGAUGAAGCUCACCGCCGACUCCCCACGAACCUCGCACGUCAUCUACAACCCCCCCUCGUCGGCGCCCACGCCUCUCAUCACCCCGACGAUAUUCCUGCCGAAGGACGAUUCAAGACGCGAACUUCUCGCUGCUGCCCCGAAGCCCGCCGCUGCCGCCGAUGCCGCCGCGAACCUCCCGCCACCAGUGCGACAGCCGUACGAGAAAACCUAUCAUCUGACUGAAGAGGAUUUCGCGGAGAUCAGAAGGCUUAGGGCGGUAGAUCCCGUGAAGAAUAACAGGACUGCUUUGGCGAAGCAGUUCGAUUGCUCAACGCUGUUCAUUGGAAUGGUCUGCCAGGCGACCGAGGGUAGGAUCAAGCAGAUGAAGGCGAGGGAUGAGGGAGUCAAGAACAGAUGGGGUACCAAGAGGUCCACGGCUAGAGAGGACAGGCAGAGGCGGCGGGCUGGAUGGGGUGGUGCCGACGGUCUGUAAGGGGGCGGGACGUCCACGCGGCGGGGAAGGUUUGGAGGGGUUCCUUCGAAGUUCGAACGGCUGUACAGUACAAUACUUCCAACAUGAACCUCAAACCGCACUGUUUGACUGCGGAAUCGCAUGUAGAUAUCCGUGACCAUUACAUGUACCAUACAUGGGCUGUAGCGGAUGCAGAAAUUCCCACUUUGGAAACGGCCGGAGCCGGUGAUAAGCGUCCACCACAAAAGCGCCAAGGCGUA